AAGCAGGAUGGUAUGAAGCAUGUCGCUCGAACGCGACAAGAACCCAUUUCCGUCCCCUGGGACAGCAUCGAUGACUGGGUCAACUCCGCGGCUUUCGACUUCCGCUGUGCGCAAAAAGCACACGACCUCGCCAGAGUAUCGAUCGCUUACGGGAGCGACCUUUCCGACGAGACUAGAAGUCUCUGGUCCUCGCCGACCAGCGAGACCUCGGCGACCACCGUCGAGUCGGACCCUGGCGAACUCGAAGCGGCCUUUUAUUAUGCAGGUCUCGGGCCCAAGGGAACAUGGCCACGGCUAGUCCAUCGUGAUUCUCCUGACGUGUUCGAAGAACCAACCGGGCCUGAGGCUUUCAUUCGCAUGAUGAGGCUUGUGCCGGUCCCAAGCAGCCAUUAUUUUGCGAAGAAUGGACUAUGGGACACCGUCCGUGAUUGGGCACGUACAGUUGAAGUGUUCCUCAUAGCCCAAGAAAUUAGGGUUUCGUCUAUUGACUUUGUUCGUUUCACCUGGCUCAAUAAGCGGGAUGACCAGGAGAUUGAGGUGAACAAGGAAGAGGAAACCGCAGCAACCGAUUAUAAUCUGGAUGACGAGGAUAUCGAUGCUGCAUACGCCAAGACCGGCGACAGGUACUACACCAAUCCAACGAUCUGGAUCGGCGUCUUGCCCGAUACUUUGAACGCUACACACGCCGCCGAGCUCAACCGGAAAAUUCGUGAUUUCUUGAAUGGGCUCAACAUCGUCAAUGUGGAUAUCGCCUUUCGCGAGUCUAUCACACAAUCCUUGGUUCGCAGCGGCCCAGGGCCGGCACUCUCCGAGACGGGUGAUUCAUUGCAAGACUUCAUCGAUAGUAUCUUGUGCAUCCCCAUCUGCGGUCGAAAGACGCCAAUGCAAGGAACAUUGGGGCCAUACUUCAAGCACGGCAACAACCUUUACGCAAUUACGGCUCGUCGCAAUUUGUUCUUGGCCAACGAUGGAAACAACGAGUAUCGGUAUCACCCACAUGGCCCGAAGCGCGAGGUCAUUGCAAUGGGUGCUUCGGCUUUUGAAAACUACCAAGCCGCCAUACAAGCCCGUAUCAGCAACCUCAAUGACUCCGUUGUUUCGUUCAAGAAGUUGAUCGCGACCUACAGCGCCCGAGUUGAGAAGCAAAUUAAUCUCUUGGAGUCGAAGGAAAGGCUUGCAGAUUUCGAGACCGAGCUCGACAAGGCACACCGACGCAUUGUCAAGCUCAAGCAGUUGUUCGUCACGCUGUCGAAGAACUGGAGCAAGACGGGUGCACAUGUGAUUGGGCAUAUUGUCUGGGCUCCUCCCAUCGGUGUGGGCGUCGGUCCUAGUCGCUUCACCCGAGAUGUGUGCGUUGUUGAACCGCACCAGUCGAAAUUCUCCAAAUUCGUCGGAAAUUUGCUCAGUUUAGGAUCUGAGAUGAAUGAGUCCGACCUCAAGGGCCUUCUAUACGACCAUCCUGAUACAUGUAUCCCCUUUCAAUUCAACCACCCAUCCAAUGGCCUCCUCCAACUCAAGGGUAUCACGACGAAGAACGAAAUCAAAAGUCCCAUUGAUCAAGAUCGAAUCCCUCGGGUCCUGAAACGUGGUUUCCCAACCAACACAACGGUCAGAACGCUACCCCAAUUUAUGUCCUUCACAAGGAAGUACUUUACAACCGGUACCCUCGAGUCACUUGAACUCCCCAUUCUCCCCCAUGAGCGUCAGGUUGGGCCGUUCUCCAAGGGUGGGGACUCGGGUGCUCUCGUGGUUUCUCCAGCAGGGGAGCUUGUCGGCCUGAUCACCAGUGGAACAAGCAAAGGGAGUGAUGGCUCCGAUAUAACUUAUGCGACUCUGUUUCAGUAUCUUUGGGAUCUUGUCCUGGUCGAGUUCCCAGGUGCAAAUCUCUGUUGGGAUGAUAUUCCAGCAUUCCUGGCUGCUGUCUGA